AUGGACAGGAAGGUCCUCAGCCUGCUGCUGCUGCUCCACUUCUGCUCCCUCACCUCUGCCAGGCAGGAGCUGCAAGUGAUUGACCUCCUGACGGUCAGCGAAUCGCGUCACAUGGCCAGCGCGAUGGAGAAGAUCCGAUCGGAAAUGCUGACAGUCAAUGAUCUGUACUUCCUGUCCACGUUCCGGCUCCCCGCCAAGGCAGGAGGAGUCCUGUUCGGCUUCUACUCCAAGAAGGACAACACCAAGUGGCUGGAGGCUUCCAUCGUGGGCAAGGUCAACAAAGUCCUGGUCCGCUAUAUGAGGGAAGACUCCAAGGUCCACUCGGUCAGCCUACAGAACGCCAACCUGUCGGACGGGAACACCCACACGGUGAUCCUGCGGAUCAGUGGCCUGCGCGGGGACACGCUCACCCUGGAGCUCUAUGUGGACUGUAAGCAGGUGGACAGCAGCCUUGGCCUCCCGGAGAUGAUGGUGAUCCCACAAUUCGAGGUGGAGUCCGGGGAGAUCCGCUCAGGACACAAGGCCUACCAGAGGCUGCAGGGGUCUGUGGAGUCGAUGAAGAUGGUUCUCGGGGGGUCUAUGGGCAGAGUGGGGGCUCUGAGUGAAUGCCCCUUCCAGGAUGACGAGUCCAUCCAGAACACAGUGAAUGGAGUCGUCAAUUCAAUCCUCGGGGAGCACACAAAGGCUCUGAUCACACAGAUGACUCUGUUCAACAAAGUGCUGGCAGAGCUGCGGGAGGACAUCCGAGACCAGGUGAAGGAGAUGUCUCUGAUCCGGAACACCAUCAUGGAGUGCCAAGUGUGCGGCUUCCAUGAACAUCGGUCACGCUGCAACCCCAACCCGUGUUUCCAGGGGUGUGGACUGUAUGGAGACCUACGAGUACCCCGGGUACCGCUGUGGGCCGUGUCCGCCGGGGUCACAUGGCAAUGGCAGCCACUGUGCCGAUAUAGAUGAGUGUGCUCACACCAAUCCUUGUUUCUCGGGCUCUAAAUGCAUUAACACGUCUCCCGGAUUCCGCUGCGAGGCCUGUCCACGUGGGUACAAGGGGAACUCGGUGUCAGGGGUGGGCAUCGACUACGCCAAGGCUAGCAAGCAGGUUUGCACCGAUAUUGACGAAUGUAAUGAUGGGAAUAAUGGAGGAUGUGCCGCCAACUCCAUCUGCACCAACACUGUGGGCUCCUAUAAGUGUGGCCCCUGUAAGCCGGGCUUUGUGGGAAACCAAUCACUGGGCUGCGUGCCGAAAAAGUCCUGCGUCAGCCCAGCCUUCAACCCCUGCCACGUGAACGCACACUGCGUGUUUGAGAGGAACGGUGACGUGACUUGUGCGUGCAACGUUGGCUGGGCCGGCAACGGGUACACAUGUGGCCGAGACACCGACAUAGACGGUUACCCGGAUGAGCCGAUGCCGUGUAUAGACAACCACAAACACUGCAAACAGGACAACUGCCGACUGACCCCCAACUCCGGGCAGGAGGACGCGGACAACGAUGGGAUCGGAGAUCAGUGUGAUGAGGACGCCGACGGAGACGGAAUUAAGAAUGUUGAGGACAACUGCAGACUGGUCCCCAAUAAGGACCAGCAGAAUUCGGACACGGACUCCUAUGGUGACGCGUGUGACAACUGUCCUAAUGUUCCCAACAACGAUCAGAAGGACACCGACGCCAACGGUGAAGGAGACGCCUGUGACAAUGACAUCGAUGGUGACGGGAUCCCCAACAUGCUGGAUAAUUGCCCCAAAGUGCCAAAUCCCCUCCAGACAGACCGGGACCUGGACGGGGUGGGAGACGCCUGUGACAGCUGCCCGGAGACCAGCAACCCAACGCAGACAGAUGCCGACAGCGACCUGGUGGGCGAUAUGUGUGACACCAACCAGGACAAGGAUGGUGAUGGUCACCAGGACACCAAGGACAACUGUCCAGAGAUCCCCAACAGCUCCCAGCUGGACUCCGACAAUGACGGUUUGGGCGACGAGUGUGACCAGGAUGAUGACAACGAUGGGGUCCCCGACUACAUCCCACCGGGGCCCGACAACUGCCGCCUCAUCCACAACCCCAACCAGAAGGACACACCGAUGGUGACGGCAUCGGUGACGUGUGUGAAGUAGACUUCGAUAAUGACUCUGUGGCCGACAACUAUGACGUCUGUCCUGAGAGCGCAGAGGUGACGCUCACCGACUUCAGAGCGUAUCAGACGGUCAUCCUGGAUCCAGAGGGGGACGCACAGAUAGACCCCAACUGGGUGGUGCUGAACCAGGGAAUGGAGAUCGUACAGACAAUGAACAGCGACCCCGGACUGGCGGUUGGGUACACAGCGUUUAAUGGUGUAGACUUUGAGGGAACCUUCCAUGUGAACACCGUCACCGAUGACGACUACGACUACGCCGGAUUCAUCUUCAGCUACCAGGACAGCUCCAGCUUCUAUGUGGUCAUGUGGAAGCAAACCGAGCAAACCUACUGGCAGGCCACGCCCUUCCGUGCCGUGGCAGAGCCGGGACUGCAGCUGAAGGCAGUGAAGUCGAAGACGGGCCCCGGAGAGCAGCUGCGGAACGCCUUGUGGAACACGGGACACACGGCCGAUCAGGUGCGCCUGCUGUGGAAGGAUCCACGGAACGUGGGCUGGAAGGACAAGACGUCAUACCGCUGGCAGCUCUCACAUCGCCCCCAGGUGGGCUACAUCAGGGUGAAGCUGUAUGAAGGAGUAGAUCUGGUGGCGGAUUCCGGGGUGGUUCUGGACACGACGAUGAGGGGAGGACGGCUCGGGGUCUUCUGCUUCUCCCAGGAGAACAUCAUCUGGUCCAAUCUACAGUACAGGUGUAAUGACACGAUUCCAGAGGAUUUUGAACCGUACAGGAAGAUGCUGUUGGAGAGUCGGGAGUAG